AGAUCACCAAUCGGCGACUGUCUUGAGUCUCAGCUGAUAGUCGGCUCACUGUUUUCACAAUGACUUUAUCUUGCAUAUUGCUCGAGUAUUUAGUUUGUAGAAUCUGGAUACCGAAUUACUAGACUGGGUCUUCUCCAUUCUGAUCAAUGGCUACUCGCAGCAGGCCAGUAAGUAAGAAAUGUGCAGUAAUUGGUGGCUCAGGAUUCCUUGGUCAACAUCUUGUAGAGAGCCUUCUGGAGAAAGGAUACAGUGUCAAUGUGUUUGACAUUCACAAGGGCAUCCAAAAUGACCGGGUCCAUUUCUUCCAAGGGGAUCUUUGUAAUGUUCAGGAUCUUCAGCUUGCUUUAGAUGGUGUGACGACAGUGUUUCACUGUGCCUCACCUGCCCCAUCUAGUGACAACCGUGAGCUCUUCUACAAAGUGAACUUCAUUGGGACCAAAGCUGUCAUUCGGGCGUGCAAGCAGGUUGGAGUUCAGAAAUUGAUUUUGACAAGCAGUGCUAGUGUUGUUUUUGAGGGUUCUGAUGUAAAGAAUGGCCAAGAGGAUCUACCCUAUGCGAAGAAACCCAUUGAUUACUACACAGAGACCAAAAUCCUACAAGAAAAGGAAGUUCUAUCGUCAAAUAAUCCUGAUGAGAAUUUUCUAACAGUAGCAAUUCGUCCACAUGGGAUCUUUGGUCCACGAGACCCUCAGCUGGUUCCAGUUCUGGUAGAUACUGCAAAGAGAGGAAAAAUGAAAUUUAUCAUUGGUGAUGGAAACAACCUUGUUGAUUUCACCUUUGUGAAAAAUGUUGUUCACGGGCAUAUCUUAGCCGCUGAGAGACUUGAAAAAAAUUCAGCUAUUUGUGGAAAAGCUUACCACAUCACAAAUGAUGAGCCCAUUCCAUUUUGGGAGUUCCUGUCCCGAAUACUGGUUGGUUUGGGCUAUGAUGCCCCCCGAUACCAUCUUCCCUAUUUACUGGUGUACUACUUGGCAGUAAUGCUCUCUCUUGUGUCCUUAUUGCUAAAACCUUUUCUUAUCUUCAAACCUACCUUCACUCCAAUGAGGGUAGCCCUAGCUGGCACAUACCACUACUACAGCUGUGAAAAAGCGAAACGUGACAUGGGAUACCGUCCGCUAGUUCAUCUAGAUAAGGCCAUUGAGGAGACAGUGCAGAGCUACCCUCACUUGCGCAGGGCAGGAUGAACUGCAGAAAUGCAAGCUUAAGGACUUUGAAGGACACUGCAUUUUGCAUUGUUGCAUAAACUCAAGUAAAUUGUGACUAGAUUAUAUUAUGAAAAUGGACCAAUCAAAGCACUCAUCUCACUGGAUUUCAGUUUACUUUGAAUUUUGUGUUAAAACUGAAAUGAGAUUUAUUUGGCCCUGAUUAGGUUAUUUUACCAAACACAUACAUAAAAAUAUAAAACUCAUGAAAUCUUAUAUUUGUGCAGUUGUAUUUUUGACAUUAUCUGUGUUUAAAAGCAUUUGCUGCAAUUGCUUUAUUAACUCUGUACAGAACUUCUAAGCGCACAGUAUUUCACUUACUGAUCUUUGUGUGUCUAGAGCAAACUCUGAUCUUGGAGGGCCACAGUAGUUUCUUUGUUAGUAGUCAAUUGUUGAUGCUAAUAGAACUGACUUUUUUGCCUGCAUUUUAAGAUACAGAACCCUUAAUAGUUUCUUUUUCUUCUUAAACAGAAGGCAAACCAUUAUGAGAUGCAAAGCAAGCCAAAGAGAUGACCACCUUACGUGAGGAUCUCGAACUCGGUUUGUUUUAUAAUUAAAUGCCAGUUCUUUCUGUUAAUAAAACAUGUUAUGUAAUUC